AGAAAGUCCAAGUGCAAUGUACGCAGACGCAGCAGCAGCAACGUCAGUCUCAACCCUUCCAUUGGCGUCAGACAAUCUGAUUCCUUGGGACAGCAGCACAGGCAGAUGAGACAGCUUCAAGACUCGAGAAGCCUCCAGAGUCUGAGACAACCCCAGGUUGUUGGGCCAACGCGCUUCAAGCCAAACAACAUCGCACCCACUGUGCCCGCGCUCGCUGCCAGCCAGUCACCAGUCAUCCCAUCCGACCUGGGCCCCGAGAUAGUCUCCCAAUGCGGGAAGGGUAUUUGCGUAAAGAACUCCAAUUGGUGUGGGGUAAUGCACAGCCCAAUCCGAGUGUACCUCGUGUGGUACAGCCGCUUCACUGAGUCCCAGAAGAAUGUUCUUCGAACGUUCAUCCGCUCCCUCAGCAGCACUGAAGGCACGGUGUCUGCCUGGUGGCGCACCAACACCCUUUACUAUGACUGCUCGGGCCGCUACGUGUCGAGUACUGUCAUUCUUGCCGGGGAGCACCACGUGCAGCGCCCAUACAAGCUGCUGUGGGGGCUUGGGUCGAUCAAGCGAGUGGUCAAAAAGAGGAUCAAGUCCAGGGCGUUUCCGCUGGAUGAGAAUGCGGUCUACUUUGUGAUGGGCGACAAGAGCGUGGCUCAGAGGGACAGCAGCGGAGCCAUGUGCAGCGCCUACUGCGGCUGGCAUGACUUUGUCAAGAUUCGCAAGAAGCUCAUCAAGGUUUCUUAUGUGGGCAGCCCGGACAAGUGCCCCAGCAGCUGUUGGCUGUCGGCCUUCGCAUUCAAUCCCAGCCCCAACAAGGACAGCAGCUUCGACUCCCUCGUCAGCACCUUCGCGCACGAGCUCGCAGAGGCCACCAGCGACCCCUACAUCAGCACCUGGUUCGACAGCCUGGGACGAGAAAAUGCCGACAUAUGUGCCUGGAGGACUGGAGAUCUGUCCUUCACGGCUGAUGGCGCAGCCUACAAUCUGGAAGGGGUGGACGGGUCCAAAUUUCUCGUCCAGCAGAAUUACGACCCGGUUCAACGAACCUGCGUCACCACCACUGCGUGAAACCUGCUGCUGUGUGAACCUGUUGCUGCGUGAUUGGAUUCGACGAACCUGGUGCUGCUGCUUGACUAGCUUCAAUGAACCUGGGCCUGCAUCACCCCCGCUGCUGCUGCGGCUUCUGCGUGACUAGGUUCAAUGACCCUGGGCCUGUGUCACCACCGCUGCUGUUUCGUGACCUGAUUCAACGAAUCUGAGCAUGCGUCACCACCUCUGCCUCCCCCCUCUCUCAAGCCCUAACUCGAAAGGUAUUGCUGGUUCUGGAAUCUUGAAGUGUUCAGCAUUCUUAGUCCGCCGCCCUCCAUGACACCCGAGAGGAGUCUGUGCCGUCAGCUGUGUGAGCAGUGGUGGUGGGGGCAGCAGCCGCAGCAGUACUGGCAGCAGCCGCAGCAGUACUGGCAGCAGCUGCAGCAGUACUGGCAGCAGCCGCAGCAGUAGUGGCAGCAGCUGCAGCAGCAGCACUGGCAGCAGCUGCAGCACUAGCACUGGCAGUAUCUGCAGCAG